ACAAGCAACGCACACUUCGGCCCCGCCUCGGUACCCACUCACCGACCGACAACAAUGGAGACCAGAAGUGCCUGCUCGCUCGUUCUGAUCCUCCUGGCCGGGCAGAGCAUCGGCUACGAGGUCACGUACCGGAGAAUUUUCCAGGGCUUAGGUCUCACUGUCACGGGGAAUGCCGAUCUCUACCAGAAUCUCAGUCUCGUGCGGUGUGCUUCGCUGUGUUCCAUCCGCCCAAGUUGCUUCUCGUGGGCGUGGGAGCCGUCCUCGUGGGCGUGCAUGGUCUACACUUCCCUCUCGAGCACGGCCACCCGCACGCCCGCACCUGCCUCCACUCACACCUACGGUGACGUCGUCGGUUACUUUUUCGAGAACUUUCCAAACCCGGUGGCCAUAUCGUGGGCGGAGGCCAAGGGCGCAUGCGAGAGCAGCGGCGCAUUCCUCGCCAUGCCGGCGUCCGAGGAGCAGGCCAAGCUCCUGAUGCAGUGGAUCGGCUACAACUACGCCUGGGUCGGCAUCUGGCGGUACUCGGCAGCCCUCACCUGGUACGACGUCUACGAUAACGUCGUCGACAACUUGUACUGGGCCCCGGCGGAGCCCGAAGACCCCUAUCAGUGGGGCUCCUACAGGGUGCCCAGUGGUGGCCUCGUCACCACUCCCACCACCCAGAGGACCUACCUGCCGCUGUGCAAGUCGCUCCCCUAGGCUCACGAGGUCGUUCCCGGGGCGUGGGUAUCGGGAGCAUGUAGGAUACAUGCUCACGCCUGUGGUGGGAAUGGGGGGGCAGGUCUCAGAGGAAGCAGCAAGCCGGAAUCUCCAGAUCAAAAAACUGUAAAAAAAAUGUUUCAGGCAGCCUAACCUCGGCAGGUAGAGGCUGAAGCAAAAGUCCAAGAUGGCUACGCAUUACAAGAUAAUAUCAGAUAUUAGUGUUCAUUUGCCAUAAAUAUGAGGUAAACAAAUGAAUAGUAAAAAUAAAAGAAUCACAUUACUUGCUUAUCUUUCCUCAUCUUUAGGGAAAAUCUGUGGGUGCUGAAUGCGAUCGUGCAGCCAUGGCGAAACGUCGAACGCCUCGACGACGUAGGGGCCUCACUAGCGCCAUCUAUGAAGCGAUCUGAACUGCAUGACCCUUUACCUUACUCUUCCUCUUUAUAGUCUUUCCUUCUGAAUGACCUUACUCGCCGUUAAUACGUGACCCAAGCAAUGAUAAUAAGGUUAUUGUUGCUGAACUUUCGCAUGGUCUCCACUGCGAUCAUGCUUAUAAAACUAUAACAC